ACCGCAACUCGAGAUAUGAUUGAUUUUAUUUUAUUACAAAAGAUUGAAAAAUAAAUUGAGGAAGAUGUUGUAUCUUUAUGGAAUCUGGAUCUGCCAAUCAUUUGACAGCCACGAGCAAACGAUUCUUAAUCUCCCUCAGCAAAUGGGAAGCUAAGUAAUCAAAAAUUUGUUCUUUCUUGUUCUAUCUCUGUUCUCUAAUUAUCUCUGUUCUUCGGUAAAGUUAAGCACAAAAGCUUCCAAAAGCUGUUUUUUUCAUGGUUUUGUAAGAAUAUAAAAUAGAGAUAGAAAGAUGUAUAUGAUAGAGAGUAAAGGAGGAGCAAUAGCUUGUAUGCUCUUGGCUCUACUCUUUUUAGGGACAUGGCCAGCGAUCAUGACUUUAACCGAAAGACGCGGUCGACUUCCUCAACACACUUAUCUUGACUACACACUCACAAAUCUGUUAGCUGCAGUGAUCAUAGCGUUGACACUAGGAGAAAUAGGUCCAAGCAGACCCAAUUUCAUCACACAGCUUUCUCAAGAUAAUUGGCAGUCAGUGAUGUUUGCAAUGGCUGGAGGAAUUGUUCUUAGCCUUGGAAACUUAGCAACACAAUAUGCUUGGGCUUAUGUUGGUUUAUCAGUUACUGAAGUCAUCACAGCGAGUAUCACCGUUGUUAUUGGUACAACUUUGAACUAUUUCUUGGAUGAUAGAAUCAACAGAGCUGAGGUCCUUUUCCCGGGAGUCGCUUGUUUUUUGAUCGCUGUUUGUUUCGGCUCAGCUGUUCAUAAAUCAAAUGCAGCUGAUAACAAAUCCAAACUCCAAGAUUUCAAAAGUCUAGAGACUGCUUCUUCCUUCGAAAUGGAAACAGUUUCUGGAAGCAACGGGUUAACGAAAGGGAAAGCGAAAGAAGGGACUGCAGCAUUUCUGAUAGAGAUUGAGAAACAAAGAGCCAUAAAGGUCUUUGGGAAAAGCACAAUAAUCGGAUUGGCCAUAACUUUCUUUGCCGGUAUCUGUUUUUCUUUGUUCUCACCAGCAUUUAACUUAGCUACAAAUGAUCAAUGGCACACUUUGAAACAUGGAGUUCCAAAACUUAAUGUGUACACCGCCUUCUUCUACUUCUCAGUCUCCGCAUUUGUGAUUGCUCUUAUACUAAACAUUAGAUUUCUCUAUUGGCCUAUACUUGGUCUCCCAAGAUCUUCUUUCAAGGCUUACUUAAAUGACUGGAACGGGCGAGACUGGUCUUUCUUGGCUGGAUUUCUCUGUGGAUUUGGUAAUGGUCUUCAGUUCAUGGGCGGUCAAGCCGCAGGUUAUGCAGCUGCAGACGCGGUUCAGGCCCUUCCACUUGUGAGCACAUUUUGGGGGAUAUUGUUGUUUGGAGAAUACAGGAGAUCAUCGAGAAGAACAUAUACACUUCUCAUCAGUAUGCUUCUCAUGUUCAUAGUAGCUGUUGCGGUUCUUAUGGCCUCAUCAGGACAUAGAAAAUGACUUGAAAAGGAAAUUGACAGAAACGUCUACAAGCGAAACUGCUAAAAGGAUGACAACUUUAGUUCAUAAAAUUGUAAGAAACCAACGAUAGAUCAGCUUUUGAAGUGGUUCUUGAGUGAGUAACUUCACUAAUGGUUGCAAAAUGUUCUCAAGUCUUUGUUUAUAUUUUAACCAAAGUUAUUUGAAUAUAAUCUAUGAUUUCGUAGCAACUAUUGGUUG